AUGACUGACCCGGCCCACUUCGUCCUUCUUGAGCCGAGGGAAGCCCGAGAGCAAGCGUUCCAGCUCACUGAAGCCCGGGCGAGGUUCACGGCCUAUGAAGGUCUCGCUCCGCGAGCGGGCUUCAUCCUCGUCCUCCCGCCCGGGGACGAUCCACUCGAAGCCGUCAGCCCCUGGUGGGACAUUGUGCAACCUCUCAUGGAGGGCGGCUUCGCGGACUUCGCCCCGGUGACGAGUAUUGACGAGUUCAGCCAGUGCGUGCACCGGCCCAACCUCAACGCCGUCAUCGUCACCCACGUCGGUCUCCUGCACUGGCACCACACCUCGCUCAUCCAGCACAUCCGCGCCCACCACCAGCAGGCGACUAGCGCCUGGCAGCUCAUCUUCGCCCCGGAGACGCGCACCAUGCCCGAGGAGCACCUCGUGCAGCAGUUCCUGCAGAGCCAGCUCCACGUCCCCUGGGCGGUGGUUGGGCCUGCCGAGGGACUUGCUGAGUUCAGCCUGACGCCCGCCGCGCAGGAGCAGUGCCGGCCCUGGCUGCGCCUGCCGAAUCGCUGCUAUCGCUUCAGCCCCAUCGGCUUGUUCGGCGUGGAGCCCGACCAGAAAUUCUUGGAGCUUCUCCCCGAUCUGAAGGUGAAACGUUCGCUGCAGGGACCGCCGUAUGGGUUUGAGAUUGUCGGUGUCGAGGAGCCCCGGGCGCCAAUCGGUGGGGUGAUGCUUCUCCGCGGUGACUUUAUCCCUGUGGCCACGGUGCCCGAGGCGCGCUUCGGCUUUAUAGGCUACUCCACGUUGAAUCGCACCGUUGUCGCCGUGGCUUUGCUUUUGGGUGGCGUCGAGGUAGAGUUUGGAAGCUUCUGUCGCGUUGUCAUUGAUGCUGAUGACAUUGAAUCCAUCGGUGUGUAG